CAAAGAAAAAACAUGACGGACAAAGCAGCUCGUGGUGUUGGUGUGGGAGUCGGCGUGUUUGUUACCUCUCCUGAUCAUCCUGAUUGUAUUAUACUAGGCCAGAGGAAAGGAUCACACGGAAGUGGGCUGUAUGCCUUGCCUGGUGGGCAUUUGGAGUUUAGGUAUGACGCAAAAGUAAAAAUAAAACAAACAACAAUUAACUAAAGCUUUUUGAAAAAUAUAUAUUUAUUAAGACACAUACUGGCCGGCCCCUCCAGGUCACUGGCUGCUUUUUAAAACAAAAUUUUUACCAUCUAUUGACAUUUUAUUACUUGGUGCUUUUUUGUUAUUGUUUUUGUUGUAGUUGUAAAUUAUUCGGAUUAUCUUAGAUCGGUCCAAGUCGCAGACAAAUCUAUCCAGUAUAUCAGAAGCAUAUAACCCCGAAAUUGAAGCAUCAACCAGCCUGCGAAACACGCACCUCGUUGCCAGGAAUGUUUCACCAUGAGGAAUGUCUGGACGUCAUACCCAGCAACAGAAAUUCCAUACUGAUGACAUAUAUCAAUGUUUACAUAAUAAAUCCAGUAAAAUCAUGUAGUCUGCUACACAGCCGUUUUUAGUGUCAUCACACAACACUCCUGGGAGGAGCAUCAUGUGACGACACUAAAAACGGCUGUGUAGCAGACUAGUAGUCAUGGGGUUUGUUCUAUUUUAUGUUUCUCCUGGGCAAUUAUAACCUGAGAUCAGCUCUAUUUUCAUUUCGCUUUGAAAAGUACAUUCCGGCGGGCAAGGCGAAAUGACAAUUUUUAGUGGUAGCCGUUAGGGAGAGUGUAUGAGAUCCGCUAAAAUUGGGCCUAAUCUCAGGUUAGGGCAAUAAUAUUAUGGUAAAGUUUUGUGUUCUUCUGUGAAUGAGUUCCAGCAAAAACUAAAAUGCUUCUUUUAAAGAGGGAAUAUAUAUUCCACAAAUAUUAACAGUUUUUAGUGGAUUCGUUGGGUUUACAUUAACAACAGCUCAUGAAGGGAAAGUUGGGUGCCUGAGAUGUCCAGGAGCUCUAUGGAUGGUAAAUCCUGGCAACCCAGCCAUUAGCCCCCAUGCACAAGGGAAGAAAACAGGCACCCAUCACACUGAGAAAGUCAGUGGAAAUAGGGAAGAGAGGUAGGAGGGAAACGCUGUAAAUUGAGUCACCAUGAUUCUGACACAACAAGGCUGAGUAAAUGCUGACUAAAAACUGCCCAAACUUGCUAAAAACACUAGAAUGCUAAAAAAAUUACAAGUGAGAAGAAAAAUGCUCUGGAAACUGCUAAAAACUGGCCAAACAUGCCAGAAUGCAAAGAAAUGCAUUAGAACAUGCUACAAUGCACACAACCACAAGAGCACAUGGGAUACUGUGGCAAGCACAUCUCACAACACUGCUGGCCAGCAAGAUAAGACUAGCACUCCUUGCUGUUACCGCCGUUAAAUUGCAUUUAACUGCAUACCUUUGUCACCUUUUGUCUUUUGUUCGUCGUUUGUAAACAAUAGCUAAAACAAAAUAACGACUAUGUCAACCAGUCACAGCUCGUGACCAGAUUCCAGACAGAUUUACCGUCAUCAGUAUGGAAUUUUGGUUGCUGAGGAGCAGACAUCUCUCCUGGCUAAACACCCCUGGAGGCGAAGAGUGCGAAGAGAUGGCCUUUUUUGCAAAAGCUGUUCAAAUGCCCCAUCCUAGGUCCACUUUACCCCACCCCCAGGAAAAUCCUGUGAGCCUUGUUACAAGGUGUUAUAAGGUAAGGUGCCUGGCUUGCACAUAUAUCAAGUACUUUCAUAUGCACAUGGAUGAAAGAAGGACAUCAGAAACACCUUUGGUUGCUGAACACAAAGAAAGCAAAUGAUGGGCAUCAAUACAUUAUUAAAUCACUAAAACUGUUCCUUUUCAUCUGUUGGGAAUGAGCUUAUUCUUUUGUUUUAUUUUGUUUUUAACAGCGAAGAGUGGCAUGAAUGUGCCAUAAGAGAAACAUUAGAAGAAACUGGACUGAAAAUCAAGAACGUUUCCUUUGCAACUGCCGUUAAUGCAAUUGUUGUGGAGCAAGAUUACCACUAUAUCACAAUAUUUAUGAAAGGCGAGAUUGAUAUGAGCCAUGCUAGAGAACCAGAAAACCUGGAACCAGAUAAGUGUGAAGGUAAUAAUAAGGUUAAGAUUUAGAUUCAUAACACGUUAACAAACUACAGAGCUUGGCUACAAUUAAAGUUCUGCCUGAAGAGACAUAGGUUACGGCUAAAGAGAUUUUUAUGUACAACAGUUAGAUCAUUAAAACUGUGGCCUAAGGUUUUUGAUUGCAGGGCUGUCCUCUAGCAGAGCCCGCUGGCCCCUAGCGCCCAACUUUUGCCCUCGGGCAAGUAAAAAAUUUAGUUUUUGAUACAAAUCAUAUGCUGGGAACCAUGGAUUUUACAGGUUCAGAGCACUGGGCUCCUUUGUAGUAUACAACAAGAAUCUAGUCUUGACUUCAAAAACCUAUUUAUGAAGCAGAAGUAGGUCAUUAUUUUUUACAGGUUAUUAUUUAUAGUCAAUCUAUUUAGCCUUGAUUACAAGUUUGAAGUCAAAUAAUAAUUUAUUAGAAUACAACGUGUCCUUUGACCCUUUAGUCCCAAGAGUAACAAACAUAAAUUUUCUCCUGACCAUAUCAGUACAUAAUCAAUAGAAAAGGUUAUAAGAAGCAACAUUUCCUGAAAAUUAUAUUACUAAUUUAAUAGGUUGGGAAUGGUAUGACUGGAAUUCAGAGACCUUUCCAAGCCAAUUGUUUGAACCUCUCAGGGUUGCAAGAUUACAGGGAUACCAGCCUUUUGAAAGCACAGGACAUGGACACCACAAUUCUAAAUUGUUCAGUGUGUUUUAGCUGAACAUUGUCAACAUCUUUGUAAAAGAAAGUGAUUGUACCAGAUAUUUUACAGAUAAUCAACAAUAAUCAUAGGGCAGUAUAACUUAAAACAUUUAUUUACUUGUGGAUUUGUCGGGAAGGAUUACCAUUUUGAAGGCCAUCAAUUAAAUUUUCUUUUCACACUCCAUUCACAGUUUCAUAGUCUGCACUUGGCUUUCACAACUUAUGGGAAAGUCCAGCCAUAAAUAAAUAAUGGUAAUAGGACUGAGUGGAGUCCAAUUCAUUCUAGCAU